AUGUAUUACGUGAAAAUUGAGGGUGUGAAUUACGAACACGCCGAUGACAAAGAAUUAACUGAAGAAGAUGUACUUGAUCUUGCUCUUGGAAAUAUUAGUGAAGAAAGUAAUGAUUCUUCAAAAGAACCUUCAUCAAUUGCUCAGUAUUCAACUAGUCAAAGAACUUCAUAUGAAAAUAAUAUUGGUGAAAUAUCAGUGAGUAACAUUCAUAAAAAUUGA